CAUACAAGACCUUAUACUUCAGCAACUCAUAACAGAAUUCUAACCAAUACCGCUACUAACCAACUAAUACCAUUUAUAAACCUACAGGUUAUAAGACGAAAUUGGAGAAAUGUUUCAAAUAAAAUCUUCCAUCGGAAUAUUUAAGUAAACCCAUUACAUUACAACAUACAAAAGGACGCUAAUAUGUGAUAUGUGUUAAAAUAUCACUUACCAAUUCACCGAACGCUUCAGAAAUUUUACCCCUCGUUUUAAACUAUUUUUUGUCCAACUUUGGGAAAAGUGAGGAAAUAAUUAUACAGAGAGGUUCGCAGCGGAAAUUCCCAAGUUCGCAGCUUUACAAUUUAUAAUCAUCUCAUUUCCCGCGUUUUCAUUAGAAAUUGUCACGCUUUUUACUUCGUUCAAUGAUUUGGAUAAUUGAUUGAUCUGACUUUUUUUACUGUCUAUAGAAUCUAAUUUACUUUGUCUGUUGAUUUGGAGUUACACCUAUCAAAACAACUGCGUCGAGAUUAACUUCAAAUCUCACUGAAUCGAGAAGAGUGAAUAAGUGACACAGUACUCAUGGCUGGAACUAGUGGCUCUGGUUCUAUCAGUGGCUCCAUUAGUGGCGUGAAGAGGAAGAUAGUCGUGUGUAUAGAUGGAUCCGACUGCAGUGUGAACGCCCUAGAGUGGUACCUCAACAACCUGCGGAAGCCGGAUGACACAGUGGUGCUGUUGCAAGUGACCUCGAGAGGGGUGGGGGGAAUGUCUCUCCCGGUGGACGCCCCCGUUGAUGUGCCCCAGAACAGCUUCGACAACAUCGUCACCUCACAGUCGGGGAACGAUGACGUGUACAUCACGGAGUUGAAGGAGAGCUACUCUGGCAUCCUUCUGGACUACGAGUGUGACCCCAGCACCUGCCAAUUCGUCAGCCUCAACGACAACAGUCCGGGCAGUGCCAUUUGCAAAUUUGCGAAGCAGAAUGGCGUCCACCACAUAGUGAUCGGAACACGAGGACUGGGCAAGAUCAAACGGAAGUUUCUGGGCAGUGUGAGUGAUCACGUGAUCCACAACAGCAACAGCUCAGUCUCCAUUGUGCCCAACAACAACCCCACCCCCACUUAACAACAGACGCACUUAGCCCCCCCCCCCCACCGCCCACAAACCACCUCCCCUUCAUCACCGCUAUACGAAACAAAAAACAUCUAUAAAUCAAUGAUACAUCUGAUGGGAAUGUAAAAAAUUAUUAAAUCAAGGACGGCAGCUAUCCCACUUAUAGUUUGACGAACCCGACAAACAACGUUUACUAAACUGAACAAAGUCAACUCAAACAGUUACUAAAGUCAAAUUUCAUCUCGCCUAUCGCCACCUCACGGAUAUCCGAACCAUUCACGAAAACAGACCCCCUACUCACCAUACUACACCAAACCUGCAGAAAUAUCCAAAUCACAACAAUGCCCAAAUCGACGCAGCAACAACUUAACUUGGCACAAUCGACAAGAAACCAACGUCAAUCAAUUAUCAUGGAUCGAAAUUGAAAACAACAACAUCAGCUGGAAAAGAUCAGAGUUCAGCUGAAAAAUGGCCAAAACUAGGAAAAAAAACUACAAAUAGAUUGAGAAAAUUUGACAAAAAACUCAAAACAGACGAGCAAAACCAAGGAAAAAACGACAAAUUCAUCAAUGCAAUUUUCAAUUUUGAACCGAAAGCAAAGAAAAAGAUUAAAAUGAUCGACUGGAGCCAAAUGGACACUCUUUUUGUCUAUUUGCAACUCAUACGAGCGUCGCAACGUUAUUGUUUUUGAACAAAAAAUUUCAUGUAACUUUUCAGACUGGUAUCAACUAUUCGACGAAGAAAACUUAUGGGCAACAAACAAAAAGUGUACUGGAAGUUGAAGUUAUGCGGAAAUUUAAUUGAAGUAUAUUAUGAAUGAA